GACGGCCAAACUUUUAACUUCGUUUUCUCUGAGAUUACCGGCAACGAAGAGAGAAGACAAAAAAAAGAGUUCCCAACAAAUCUUGAGAGAUGGCCCGUACCAAGCAAACCGCUCGUAAGUCAACUGGAGGAAAGGCUCCUAGGAAGCAACUUGCUACCAAGGCUGCCCGUAAGUCCGCCCCAACCACCGGUGGUGUGAAGAAGCCCCAUCGCUACCGUCCCGGAACUGUUGCCCUUCGUGAAAUUCGUAAGUACCAGAAGAGUACUGAGCUCCUUAUCAGGAAAUUGCCAUUCCAGAGGCUAGUCCGUGAAAUUGCGCAGGACUUCAAGACUGAUCUGCGUUUCCAGAGCCAUGCUGUUCUGGCUCUCCAGGAAGCUGCGGAGGCAUACCUUGUGGGUCUUUUCGAAGACACCAACCUGUGCGCCAUCCACGCCAAGCGUGUUACAAUCAUGCCCAAGGACAUCCAACUGGCUCGUAGGAUCAGGGGCGAGCGUGCUUAAGGGUCAAGUUUGAUGAUCUCAGUUAGGAACAAGAAAUUCUUGUUGGUUUUUAGGGAAGGUUGUGUUUUUUGUUUUCUAUUUUAUGUUCUUUCGGUAGGUAGAUAAAAAAGAUAGGAUGAUGCUAGUGGUAGGGUUUAAUGUAAUGUGAUUGUGAUGAAUGGGAUAUGGGGGCGGUGGGUGUCUGUCUAAUAUCUGGUCAUGGACAAACUUCAAAGUCUGGGUAUAUUCUGUUUAAAUGUGUUUUUCUUGGACAAAAUAUGCUCUGCCACGCUGUUGUGGCUUUGAACAUCUAUCUAUUAUCUGCCAUUCUAAGGUAGUUUGGUGUUGUAAUUCUCAGAUUGACUGUUUUAUGUAUUCUCGGUAAAUGACAAAGGGCCGUCGUUUUUGACUGUUUGAA